UUGAUCAUUGUUACUUUUAAACUCUUUUUUUUCUUUUUAGGUGAAAGUGUAUUAAUAUGUCAAAAAAAACAGUUGACAUUUGUACAACAAAUUUUGGCUGAAACAUUUGUUGAUGGAUUCAAAAAGUCUGAGAAACGUUCACGUUUAAAACUUAUUGUUGAGGCUGUAUGCAGUGGAUUGUGUGAAAAUUUUCAACAACUUUCUGCAUUAUUUAAAGAAACUUUUUUUGCCAAUGAAAAUGGUAAAGAUUUAAGAGGAACCCAACUUGGUCGAGCAACAUUGGCUUCAUCAUUGUCACCAGAAAUUGCACUACAAGUUUAUGCAGAUCUUGAACGAGGUUCCAGAGGACUGAUACUGGACAAUGAAUUACAUCUGCUAUAUUUGGUAACUCCGUUGAAUAAUACAGCACUAUGGGCCAAUUAUAUGGACUGGAAUCUGUUUUAUAUAUUGUGGACAAAAUUAUCAAAACGUUUACGACGUGUUGGACAAAUGGUUGGCAUUAACGAGCGUUUUUUCUUGGAACGAAUACAAGGCAAAAUUUGUUCGGAUAAUUGCAGUAUGCAGGUACAUUUACGAUUUAUGUCAGCAUUGGCACUGUAUGAUUUGAUAAAUGAACAACCGAUUGUAAAUGUUGCGCGUAAAUUUAACAUCAGUCGUGGAACACUGCAGUCAUUACAGCAACAAGCUGCUACAUAUGCAUGUAAGGAAAAAAAAUGAUA